AUGACGACGACGAGUUGGUCGGACCUAGAAAACAAAGACGGCGUUCGAUUCUCCCUGAACGCGUGGCCGGACGAUCGCCAAUCGGCGCAGAAAUGCGUCGUCCCUUUAGGCGCGCUCGUGACGCCGCUGAAACACAUCGAGGACGUGCCGGUUGUGCCUUACGAACCGGUGCGGUGUAAAGCGUGCGCGGCGUGUUUGAACCCCUACGCGCAAAUCGACUUCAACUCGAAACUGUUCGUGUGCCCGUUUUGCCACGCGAGGAACAAUUUUCCGCCGCAUUACGCGGGGAUUACCGAGCAGAACUUACCCGCGGAGUUGUUUCCGAAUUAUCUGGUGAUUGAUUAUACGAUCAACCCGAACAAAGUGACGCCGCCGCCGGCGUAUUUGUUCCUGGUGGACGUGUGCGUGUCGGAUGAAGAGUUGGCGAGUUUAAAAGCGAGCUUGACGCAAGCGCUGAGUUUGUUGCCGGAAGAUUCUUUAGUCGGGUUGAUAUCGUUCGGGACGCACGUGCACGUGCACGAGCUGCAGUUUGCGGACUGUCCGAAAUCGUACGUGUUUAGAGGCGGGAAGGAGCACACGUCCGCGCAGAUUAGGGAUCAGUUGACAUUUUCGAGAGGUGGGGGUGGACCGCAACAACAACAAUAUCAGAGUCAGAAUCAAAAUCCAAACACGCAACAACAACAACAACAACAACAACCGUAUCAACAAACGAAUCCAGCUUCGUCGUUUUUAGUGCCUUUGUCUGAGUGCGAGUUUACGUUCUCGGCGAUUUUAGAAGAGUUGGCGAGAGACCCGUUCGCGCCGUUGCCACAAAGUCGACAUAAUCGUGCCACGGGGACCGCUUUAGCCGUCGCAUCCACGUUGUUGUCUUUAGGAUGUCCUUCCGGUCACCCGGCACGCGCGUGCUUGUUCGUUGGCGGGCCGUGUACAGAGGGUCCGGGUAACAUCGUGCCGAAAGCGUUGGAAAAUGCGACUCGAUCGCACAAAGAUAUCGCGCAAGAUAAAGCGCCUUUAUUUACAAAAGCAAAGAAAAAAUACGACGCGAUUGCGACUCAGUUGUGCGCGAAUGGCCACUCUUUAGACGUGUUUGCGUGCGCGCUCGAUCAGGUUGGAUUAGCCGAAAUGAAAGGGUGCGCGCAAAAAACCGGCGGGGCGGUUGUUUUAGCCGAAUCGUUCUCGCACGUGGUGUUCAAGAAAUCGUUUGUGAAAUUAUACGGGAGUCAAAACAAACCAGAACCAAGUCCAGAAAGCGUUUCGUCGUCCUCGGACGAAGUGACGCCGCUAAAAGUGCAUUCGAAUGGAAUUUUCGAAGUGAUCACCUCGAGAGACGUGAAGGUUGCGGGAUGCGUCGGUCCGUGCGCGGCGUUGGAUACGGCGAGACGACAUUUAGGAAAUGUCGCGGAUGUGAGCAUUGGGUAUGGAGGAACAACCGCUUGGAAGAUGUGCGCGCUGACUAGGAACACGACUUUGGCGGUGUUUUUUGAGGUCGCGAAAGAGAAGCCAGACGGAGCUAGUGGAGGCGGGUACGGUCAAAACCCCUACGGUCAGCAGCAACAAUAUCAAAGCGCGCCUCAGUUUUUCUUACAGUUUCACUGCACGUCAACGUUACCGACCGGUGAAACUCGAUUGAGAGUCAUCACCACCACUCGCAGAUGGACGAGCGGGCAAAACAUUCCGGAAAUCUCCAUGGGUUUCGACCAAGAAGCCGCGGCUGUGUUGAUCGCUCGACAAUUGACGUGGAAAAUGGAACAAGACGACGAGAUGGACGGCCCAGCUGCGACGAGGUGGUUAGAUAGAAAAUUAAUAGGCGCGUGUCAACGCUUUGGCGAGUAUAGGAAAGAAGAUCCGCACUCUUUCCAGUUAGCUCCGCAGUUCUCUUUAUUUCCGCAGUUUAUGUUCAACUUGCGUCGAUCGCAAUUCGUGCAAGUGUUCAACAACUCGCCGGACGAAACCGCGUAUUUUCGAGUAGUGUUAUGGCGCGAAAACGUGUUGAAUUCUUUAGUCAUGAUUCAACCGACAUUGACCGCGUAUUCCUUCAAUGGGCCUCCUGAACCGGUAUUGUUGGACGUCUGUUCGGUCGCGCCGGAUAGAAUCUUACUCUUAGACGCGUACUUCUCCGUCGUCGUUUUCCACGGCUCCACCAUCGCGCAAUGGCGCAAGGCGAAAUAUCAAGAACAAGAAGAACACAAAGCGUUCGCAGAGUUGUUAAAAAUGCCGCAAGAAGAUGCGAAUUACAUCUUAAACCAACGGUUCCCGGUACCUAGAUUGGUCGAUUGCGAUCAAAACGGGUCGCAGGCGAGAUUUUUGUUAGCUAAAUUGAACCCGUCCGCGACGCACAAUUCGCAAGGCUCGCCGUACGGACACGCCGGUGGAAGCGAUGUAAUCUUCACCGACGACGUGAGUUUGCAAGUGUUCAUGGAACACUUGAAACGGUUGAGCGUUUCCGCAUAG